UGAUAAUACGUGACAUAACUGACAUAUAGUGAUGACGUGGAAUUAAACUAAAGGUUAUAACCCAUAUGUAAAAACAUUUUGAGUUGUGCUAGGUAAUAGCAAAUAAAUCUAUACAAUAUUGAAGUUAAAAUAAAAAUCCUUUCCAUUGAACAAAUGAAAAACAUGUCCUGUGCACAUGUUAGUUUUAAGUAAGUUCGAUUUUAUUUUAUGCUCACUAACUAUACAUUAUUACGACUGUCAAAUAUUAAUGUGAGAGUACGCAUAAAAACUAACAGCAGAUAGGUCGAAUACAUUUAGCGAAAUCGAUUACCGUAAUAAAAACACGUGUAGAGUAGUGUAUAACAAUUAGAAAACGGGUGUUAACAACAUUCAAAUCGCAAUAAUUCCUGAUGACUAUGACAAGAUAUAAACUUUGUGGAAUAUAUUUUUCUAAGAAAUUGACUACAGUUUUCAUAUUGACUGUGUUGUUCUUUCAAAUACCAUCAAUUAUUCUGUAUCAUUAUUACACAACCAACAAUUCAGUGGAAGAGGGAUUUUUCAGUAGUGAUGUUUUGUUUCACAUGAAAAUGUUGAGCAUAUGUGCGAAGUCGGAGCAAAUGUGGCUUCAAUGUGUUGAUCAAUUGAAUGAUUUGAAAAUAACAAAUUAUGUAAGAUUGUCUGGAUUCCAACCAUCAGUUCGUCUGUUUCAAACACCGUUAAACUACGGACUUCUCGAUAUACAAAUUCCAUUUACAAUAAAUAGUGAGAAUCAUAUGAAUGAUAUGUUGAAUGAACGUUAUGUUUUGUCGAAUAGUAGUGAUGUAACUUCAAUGUCUAACGUGAAGUCAAGUGUGAAAAUGAGAAAGAGCAAUGUGCAUCAUCCGAAGUAUUUCAAUGUGAAAGAAGCACUUCAUGCUAUUGAAGUAGGGUUAUCUGAUGACGCAAAGCCGGUCAACGGAGGAUCGAUCAUUGUUGUACAACUACCAACGAGUGCUUGCAGUCCCACCAAACCACCAGAAAGUCUGGAUCUCAUAGUAAUAGUGAAGUCGUGUAUCUAUUGCUUUGACGAACGAUCGUACGCUCGAGACACCUACAUGAAAUCACACCUGUGGAAAGAUUUCCGAAUUCGAUUUGUUUUCGUUGUUGGAUUGCCAACCCCAAAUGAAACGGAUGUGUACCAUUUCGACGGAGUCACUGUGAAUCUUGGUCGGAAGGCUUCUGAACUCUCUAAACUUUACGAGAGCUCACGAUGGAUUGCUGCUAAGAAGCUGAGUGACGAGAGUGGAAAAUUCAAUGAUAUGUUGGUCGGGUCAUUUCAUGAUACGUAUUUCAACUUGACGUCCAAGAUGAUAUUGUCAUAUCGAUGGGCUGCUACAUUUUGUAAGGGACAAACACCAUUGUAUCUGUUCGUUGAUGACGAUUAUGCAUUACUGCCUGAAAACACUAUUCGACUUGUCAGGAGUCUGAAUGCUUCUGUUUCGAGAUCGACCGUAGGAGGUUUUGUGCAUUAUACAAGUGUAGUGGCAAGGCCGUCAAAGGAGAAGUUCGAUUUGAAAUGGUCGGUUUCAGUGAAUGAAUACCCAUGGGAUUACUAUCCACCUUACUUCUAUGGAAUAGGUUAUUUGUUGGGUUCAGAUAUUGUCAGUGAUGCUUCUGUGGCUAUGGCUUUCACACAAAGCAUUCGUAUAGAUGACUCAUUUUUAGGAAUUGUGUUGAGUCGACUAAACAGGACACUGAUUAAUAUGAAGGAGUUUUCGUUGGAUGAAUCAAUACCGGAAAAUAAAUCUUGUCUAGUCAUUAUCGAUAUAGAUAUUGCGAAUGAUGUUAUUAAUUGGAAAACUGGCGACAUUAUGAACUAUUAA